AUGUCUGGUUUCAAACUUGCAGAUGACAGAAGUCAGGCCCUGAGAUCUGUUGCCGAGUCAACAGGUCUCCAGGUGACACGCAAUGUGAUGACUGCAGUGUUGAGCUUGCCUCCAGGGGACAUUUACAACCUUUCGGUGACUGCUUGUACUGAAAGAGGCAGCAAUACUUCCCUGCCCCAGCUUGUGAAAUUGGAACCAGCCCCUCCAAAAUCACUCUUUGCUGUCAACAAGACUCAGACAUCCGUGACUCUGCUGUGGGUGGAAGAGGGAGUGGCUGAUUUCUUUGAAGUCUACUGCCAGCAGGCUGGACCUGGUCAGGAAGCAAAAGUCCAGGAACCUGUCACUGUCUCUUCCCACGUCGUGACUAUUUCCAGCCUAAGCCCUGCCACUUCCUACAACUGCAGCGUGACCACCUUCAGCCACAACAGCCCCAGCAUCCCCACUUUCAUCGCGGUAUCCACCAUGGUCACCGAGAUGAAUCCGAACGUAGUGGUAAUCUCCGUGUUAGCCAUCCUAAGUAUCCUUCUGAUCGGACUGCUGCUCGUGACUCUCGUUGUACUCAGGAGAAAACAUCUACAAAUGGCCAGGGAGUGUGGGGCUGGAACCUUUGUCAAUUUUGCAUCUUUGGAGAGAGAUGGAAAGCUCCCCUAUAAUUGGCGUAGAAGUGUAUUUGCUUUCCUAACUCUGCUACCCUCAUGCCUUUGGACUGAUUAUCUUUUGGCAUUUUAUAUUAAUCCUUGGGGUAAAAAUGGAUUAAAGAAGAGAAAGCUGACCAACCCUGUCCAGUUGGACGAUUUUGAUGGCUACAUCAAGGAUAUGGCCAAAGAUUCAGAUUAUAAAUUUUCUCUGCAAUUUGAGGAGCUAAAACUGAUUGGGCUUGACAUACCCCACUUUGCUGCUGAUCUUCCCAUGAAUCGCUGUAAAAAUCGCUACACGAAUAUCCUGCCGUAUGAUUUUAGUCGUGUCCGGUUAGUUUCCAUGAAUGAAGAAGAGGGAUCUGACUACAUUAAUGCCAACUACAUUCCU